GAGAUCCCUUUCCCAGAGUGCUCCGCGCCGUGAAGAAGCGGCUCCCGGGGACUGGGGGCAUUUUGUGUUGGCUGGAGCUGGAGUAACAAGAUGGCGGCAUCGGCGGAGUGACGGGUUCCCUCCGGGCCGGAGCCGGCGGCAGUGGUGGCAGCGGUACCGCCGCCCUAAUUCACCGCGCCCCUUCCCCAGCCCGCGACGUCGCCGCGAACGCGAAACAGCGGCGGCCGCCCAAAUAGCAAGUGGCGGAGCUUCAGCAGCCGCGACCACCCUUCACUAACUGCGGCCUGGCCCUCAGCGAGCAGCGGCGAUCCGGCUUCUUUCAGCCGUCUUUGCGCCCUGUAACGCCAACAAAGCCUUGGUUUUAGGUUGCCUGCCGCGCUUCUCAGUUCUACCGGGUGGAACAGCCCCGGAGGCUUCCAUCCUCUUCCAGAGGUGUCGGGGCUCGGCCCCCGCCUCCAUCUUCGCGUCUCAGGAUGGCGAGCAGCAGCGGCUCCAAGGCCGAAUUUAUCGUCGGUGGGAAAUACAAACUGGUGCGGAAGAUCGGAUCUGGCUCCUUCGGGGACAUUUAUCUAGCGAUCAACAUCACCAAUGGCGAGGAAGUGGCAGUGAAACUAGAAUCCCAGAAGGCCAGGCAUCCCCAGUUGCUGUACGAGAGCAAACUGUAUAAGAUUCUUCAAGGUGGGGUUGGCAUCCCUCAUAUACGGUGGUAUGGACAAGAAAAAGAUUAUAAUGUGCUAGUCAUGGAUCUUCUGGGACCCAGCCUUGAAGACCUCUUCAAUUUCUGUUCAAGAAGAUUCACUAUGAAGACUGUACUUAUGUUAGCUGACCAGAUGAUCAGUAGAAUUGAAUAUGUGCAUACAAAGAAUUUUAUACACAGAGACAUUAAACCAGAUAACUUCCUAAUGGGUAUUGGGCGGCACUGUAAUAAGUGUUUAGAAUCUCCAGUGGGGAAGAGGAAAAGAAGCAUGACUGUUAGUCCUUCUCAGGACCCAUCUUUCUCAGGAUUAAACCAGUUAUUCCUUAUUGAUUUUGGUUUGGCCAAAAAGUACAGAGACAACAGGACAAGGCAACACAUACCGUACAGAGAAGAUAAAAACCUCACGGGCACUGCCCGGUACGCCAGCAUCAAUGCACAUCUUGGUAUUGAGCAGAGUCGCCGAGAUGACAUGGAAUCUUUAGGAUAUGUUUUGAUGUAUUUUAAUAGAACCAGUCUGCCAUGGCAAGGACUAAAGGCUGCAACAAAGAAACAGAAAUAUGAAAAGAUUAGUGAAAAGAAGAUGUCCACUCCGGUUGAAGUUUUGUGUAAGGGGUUUCCUGCAGAAUUUGCCAUGUAUUUAAAUUACUGUCGUGGACUACGCUUUGAGGAAGCUCCGGAUUACAUGUAUCUGAGGCAGCUAUUCCGCAUCCUUUUCAGGACCCUGAACCACCAGUAUGACUACACAUUUGAUUGGACGAUGUUAAAACAGAAAGCAGCCCAGCAGGCAGCCUCUUCCAGUGGGCAGGGUCAGCAGGCCCAAACCCCCACAGGCAAGCAAACUGACAAAACCAAGAGUAACAUGAAAGGUUUCUAAGCAUGAAUUGAGGAAGAGAAGCAGCAGAGCCGAUGAUUGGAGCAGCAUUUGUUUCUCCCCAAAUCUAGACAUUUUAGUUCAUAUGUACACUAGCCAGUGGUUGUGAACAACCAUUUCCUUGGUGUAAAGAACUUAUUUUCAGUAUAAACUGGCUCUGGGUAGCGCUGCUGAUCCUGAGCUGUAGCCGCUGUACUUGUGAAUAUUAACUGAGGUAGUGAAACAUGGUGUCUGGUUUUCUAUUGCAUUUUUUUUUCAAGUGGAAAAGUUAACUAAAUGGUUGACACAUGAAUUGGUGGAGAAAUUGUGCAUAUGCCAAUUUUUUUUUUUGUUAAAAUCUUAUUUUGAAUUAUACUGCUUUGAGAUCUCAUUUCAGAAGAACGGCAUGAACAGUCUUCGGCCACAGUUGUGAUGGUUGUAAAUGUUCACAAUUGUGUGUUCUUAGGGUUUUCCAUCCCUGGGGUUUGCAAGUUGUUAACUUAAAACAUUCUUUAAAUGGCUGGCUUCUUGUUUGCAAAGCCAGCUGAUAUGGUAGCAACCAAAGAUUCCAGUGUUUGAGCAUUUGAAAGACUCUGCCUGCUUACCUGUGCUAGAAAUAACAGCAUCUAAAGUGAAGACUUAAGAAAAAACAUAGCGACUACUAGAUUAUCUUUAGGACUCUGCAUUAACUCUAUAAUGUUCUUGCUAUUAAAAAAAGCAUAUUUGUCACAAAUUUAGUUACCGUCUUACAACUGAACAUGUAUGUGUGUUGCUUAGAUAAAUGUAAUCACUGUAAACAUCUAUAUGAUCUGGGAUUUUGUUUUUAUUUUGAAAUGGGAGCUUUUUGUUUACAAGUUCAUUAAAAACUAAAAACUGUUUCUGUAAGGAAGUGAAAUUUUUUAAACAACAAAAUGCCUUGCUGACUCUAUGAAGUGUGUGCGUGUGUGUUUAUAUAUAUAUAUAUGUGUGUGUACAUAUAUGCACACAUAUAUAUAUCCAUCCCCAGUUUUUUGUUUUGUUUUUUAUAUUUUGAGACAAGAGUCUCAUUUUGUAGCUCUAGCUGGCCUGGAACUUACUGUAGAGACCAGGCUGGCCUAGAACUCUCAGAGAUCCUCCUGACUCUGCCUCUCUAAAGUGCUGGGACUGAAAACAGCCACCAUGCCCAGCUUUCCCUAAUUUUUUGAUAGACUACUUCAAGCCAUUUGUUACAUGAAAUUCCUUUGCUACAAAAAAAAAUUUUUUUUGUCUUGAUCUGCAGAGAAAGGCAUUCUUAUGGUUUUUGUUUAUAGCUCAAAGGCACACUACCCCGUGCUACAGCUGUGUGAACUUUGACAGUGACUUCUGCCACCAUUGACUAGCAGAUGAACUGAUGACAGUGAAAGUAUUAAAGGGUUUAACUAUAUUACAAAAUAUUUUCUUCAAGAUCCUUGUGAAAUGGCUGUAAGAGUGUCCUACCGUGUGAAGGUAGCGAUUGCUGACCCGCAAGCCCCACCUCUCUGGGUCCCUGUGCAUGCCUCCCCCAGUCUUUCUCAGUCGCUCUUCAGUUUUUUCUCUGAUCCAAGAGAAGGGAAAACUUACAGUGAUUCUUUAAAUGGUGUAAUUAUUCAUUUGCAGCAUGUCAAGAUAAAUUAAAAAGAACAUUUGUCUGAAAAUGCUGCCAGGAGCCUAUUGUGUAACUGUAGGUAUUGUGUAUAAUAAUCUUGAAUUGUAAAUUGACCUGUGUUUGGUAAGAUUUGUGUCAGAAUUGAUUUGUAGUGGUUUUCCUUUUCUUUCUCUCUUUUUUUGUUUUUUGUGGUUUUUUUUUUUUUUUUUUUUUUUUUUUUUUUGAACAGCAAUAAUUAAUUCCUUAAUUGCCACAUUCUGUCACCAAGAGAUGAGAUGUAUUGUUACCAUAAUGCUGAAAUCAUCUUAGGGUGUGGAUCUGAUGGUGGGGUGGCAGCUUCAUGUUUCCUUUCUAACCAUGCUUGUCAGUUAAGGUAUUUGUGUUUGACUAAUAAACCCUUUGAUACUUUUAGCCGGAAAUCAGUCUCAUAAAGCUAUUUUUGAGUAUAGUUUGUGUAAAAUAAAACUGUUCAGCUUCGAUAAUAACUUUCAAGCUGAACUCCCUCUCUCUGGCAAGAUAUUUUUCAGUGCUUUUAUUUACUAUGCACUUAGACUAUGCACUUUUUCUGAAAUAUUUUUGUAACACUUUUUUGUAUUUUUGCCAUUUGAAAGGGUUCUGGUGUUAUUGGUAUGUCAUUAAGUUGCAGGUUUGAAACUGCUGUUAGCUUUGUGACUCAGAAUCUAGGAAUGUUUCUGUCCUGGAAUAUUAUUGUCCCAUCUACAGCUGGAGCUGGAAUCCAUUGAUCUCCUAGCUACCAUUCAUUUUCUUCACCGUUCACAAAGAAGAGCGUGAAAUUCAGUGAAUGCAGUUACUAAAUCCUGUCUGGAAAUGUCUCUUUUCACCAAAUGAGUUAUGCUUUUCCACUAAAAUGAUGGUGUAUGUUGAAGACAUCACUGAGCUCGGAAGACCUCACCACUAACGGCUCCGCAGUGGCCGGCCCGGCUGAACUUUAGGUUCCACUCUUUGCUCUGUUCCGCCUGUUGGGUGAUGCAGCUUUUUAACUGUUGGGAGAUGGCCAUUCUAACUACUGUUGAAUGUCUCUGUUUUGGGAAGGUAAAAUAUGAAAAUAAAAAGUAUCUAUAUGAAGGGAGAGGCUGGUCGUCCCUCCCAUUGGUUGCUCUGUAACCCACAAGUGCACACACGAGGCUUAUCUUUGCUGUGGCUUCCUCUGCUUUAAGUCUCUAUCACACUGUAAAUAUUUCGGAGUGUACUGUAACACAAGAUGAAUUGUUAUAAAUCAUGAACCACAGAGAUGGUGUAGUCUAAGCCGACUGUUUUCCCUGGAAAUUGCUGGGAUAAUAAAGAAUAGUUUAUUGUAACUCAA